AAUAUUAUGUGUUAAAGGUGUCCCAUCUUCCCCGACUUUACUAUAUGUUAACUGGCGUCGACAACGUCUCGGUUGAAUAUCCUGUCGUUGUCAAGAUGGUUGUUUAUUUUUCACUGGCUGGUGUGUUUGUUCAGACGGGCGUUUCCGCUUCACGAGGCAUACGCCAUCAUAACAAAACGCUUGAAGCACUAUCGCACUGUAAGCAGGUUUGCAGUGGUGUCUUACUUACCUCUUCGUACUUGUCGACCUCCCAGGUUAAACACAAAAGGAUUAAAAUGAGCCUCACCGAUGCACAAAGGGAAACUGAAUUGGCUCCUUUAAAAUCUGCUGGAUGGUCCAUGGUUAAGGAUAGAGAUGCAAUUUACAAGGAAUUUUUAUUUUCAAAUUUUAAUGAGUCUUUUGGCUUCAUGACUAGGGUUGCUUUAAAAGCCGAGACCAUGAAUCACCAUCCAGAAUGGUUCAACGUAUACAAUACGGUACAAAUCACAUUAAGUACACAUGAUGUUGGUGGUCUAUCAAUGCGAGAUGUUACUUUGGGAAAGUUCAUUGAAGAAGUUUUUAUAAAAAAAUAAUAUUAAUAAUAAAAAAUAAAACCAUGCAAGUGCAAUUAGUAAUACUGUUUAAUUAUUUUGCAAUAAUCAUCUACAUGUGUCUUUGCCUUUUGUAUCUUACUAAAGUGCAUGAUGAAUAUAAUACAUGUUAAAUGUACUGUUGUAAAGUGCUCUACAUGGAAAAA